AUGCAAGCUGAUCACCCAGGGUUUGUGAUAGCUGAUUAUGCAGUCUUUGCAGUCACAGUUAUAAUUUCAUUAGGAAUAGGAAUUUAUUAUGCCUUUUCUGGUGGAAAACAGAAAACUACUUCCGAAUAUCUUGUUGGAAACCGACAGAUGUCAAUACUUCCGGUUGCCUUGUCCUUGAUGGUAUCCUUUGAGUCAUCGAUUAUGAUGUUAGGGUUUCCUGGCGAAGUUUAUUCUUACGGAAUCAUGUUUUGGUUAUCAAAUGCUGGGGUUAUGAUUGCACUUCUUCUUGGGACAAGAAUAGUUAUACCUCUUGUGCACCCUUUAAGGAUAACGAGUGUUUUCGAGUAUUUUGAAUUAAGAUAUAAAGGUAGAGAAGUAAGACUACUGGGAACAACGAUCGGGCUGUUAAGAUACGUGUUCUAUAUGGGAAUUGUUCUUUUUGGUCCUGGUACUGCAAUGGAGGCAGUUACAAACAUGCCGUAUUGGGUAUCUGUUACAUGUGUUGCAUCAGCCUCAGUUAUUUAUACCUCUAUUGGAGGAAUUAAGGCAGUAAUAUGGACGGAUGUUUUCCAGUGUCUCAUCAUGUUUAUGGGUAUAUUUGCCGUCUUGAUCAAGGGAACAAUUUCUGCUGGAGGACCAAAGCGAGUGUUUGAUUUAAAUAAAGAAAAUGGAAGAUUGUACUUGUUCAACUUUGAUACAGAUCCUACAGUACGACAUACAUUCUGGGGUCUAGUCAUUGGAUCAUGUUUAAGACUGAUCGCAUUGUCAUUCAAUCAAUCAACAGUACAAAGAAUUAGUUCAAUGAGCACACAGGCAAAGGCUAGAAAAGUUUUGUUUUUCUCUGCACCAGCAUUCUUCGUCACACUUUCAAUGGCAACUUUAGAAGGAGUAGUGGCGUAUGCAUAUUACACAAGCAUCAGAUGUGACCCAUUGACAUCAAAACGCAUACAAAAUCCAAAUCAGAUAAUACCUUACAUGGUUCUAGACAUCUUCCGGAAUCUCCCUGGGAUGUCGGGUUUGUUUAUGGCAUCCCUUUUCAGUGCAUCUCUUAGUACUAUGUCGUCUGGAUUGAGUAGUUUGUCUGCCAUGACAGUAGAAGAUUACAUUAAACCUUAUCACAAUUUUUCGGAUAAAAAGCUUACAGUCAUAGCAAAACUUUCGGUGCCGUUUUAUGGAUUGCUUUCAGUAGCCGUUUCAUUUAUGAUAGCAUCAAUCCCUGGACCGAUGUCCCAAAUAACUGCAAGCAUUUUACCAGCAUUUGGUGGCCCAUCGUGUGGAUUAUUUUUGUAUACGGUAUUCUUUCCAUGGGCGACAAAAAAGGGUGCUCUGAUUGGCACUACAGCUUCUGUUAUACUGUCGUUUUGGUUGUCAGUUGGGAAGAACUUUUCUAAAACACUGCAAAGAACACCAUGGGCACCCAUGCCUCCGACUGACCAGUGUUAUCUAUUCGAAAAUACGUCACACUUUACCAAUUACACAAUGACCACUGAAUACACAACUUAUCAAACGACAGAAGCAAUCAUGGAUCACCAAAAAAAAGUAAAUAAAUGCGAAGGACUGGACAAGUUUUAUGCAUUGUCUUACCAAUGGGUUGGAGUUCUAGGAAUACUUUACACGUUGGUCAUUGCCAUUGUAACAAGUUGUAUAGAAGGUUUGCCAAACUCUAAAGAAAUUGAUGUUAAAUAUGUGUUGUCGUUCUUUGAUCAGUUCUUUCCUUUUCUUCCACAAAAGCUCAGGACCAAAUUAUACUUAGGUGUACCAUUUGAAAAGAGAGACGAAUUACUGAAGAAAGUAGAUAAAGGUUUUAUGGAUUACGAAGCAGAACUUUUACCUACUACGGACACAGAACCAGAAGGAAAAGAUGAAAUGUCGUCGAAAUUUGAAGUAUCCAGAAAUGGGCAUUCGGAUGACGAUGAAACAGCAAAAGACAAUGAUGUUUAGAAAAUAAGCAGUCUUGUACUAAUCAAUACAAACGCUUAUCAAAAGCUUUUCUUGUAAUAAUUAAA